UUCGUGCGGUGCUGUCUGGCCCCGCCCUCGGCAAGAUGGCGGCGCCCAGGUUGGGUGCGCCUGGUCUCCGGGUCCUGAGUAGGAGCUCGCGUCCCGGGAGACUGUUCAUUCCCAGGUCCAAGCCGUUUUGUUCCGGUGCUACUACCUCUAGGCCCCUGAAUGCUCAGAGGUUGGCAGAGAAGCUCCGAGCCCAGAAACAAGAGCAAAAGACGAAGAAAAUCCCGGUCCCUACAAACCCUGUUCAGCGGAGGGUGCAGGAACUAGUGCGGUUCACACAGCAGCUACAGCGGGUUCACCCCAAUGUGCUUGCUAAGGAACUGAGCCGAGGCAUUCUCCACCAGGACAAGGACCUCGUGGUCAUUAAUAAACCCUAUGGUCUCCCUGUGCACGGUGGCCCUGGAGUCCAGCUCUGUAUCACUGAUGUACUGCCCAUUCUGGCAAAGAUGCUUCGUGGCCACAAGGCAGAGCCUUUGCAUCUGUGCCACCGUCUGGACAAAGAAACCACGGGUGUAAUGGUGUUGGCCUGGGAGAAGGAUGUGGCACAUCAAGUCCAGGAGUUAUUUAGAACCCGUCAGGUGGAAAAGAAGUACUGGGCCAUCACUGUGCGUGCCCCCUUGCCCUCGGCAGGAGUCGUGGACAUCCCCAUCGUGGAGAAGGAAGUGCAAGGCCAGCAGCAGCACCACAAGAUGACGCUGGCCCCGGGUUACCGUAUGGACAAUGGGAAGAUGGUCAAGGUGCGGGCCAACCGGAAUGCCCAUGUUGCUGUAACUCAGUACCAGGUGCUCAGCAGCACUCCCUCUUCUGCCCUCGUGGAGCUGCAGCCUAUUACUGGAAUAAAACAUCAGCUUCGAGUUCACCUGUCUUUUGGGUUGGAUUGCCCAAUCCUUGGUGAUCACAAGUACUCAGACUGGAGUAGGUUGGCCCCUCAGAAGCUUUCUGCUGGCACACUGAAGAAGCUGGGGCUGCAGCAGGCAAAGGCCCGCUAUAUCCCUCUUCACCUGCAUGCUAGGCAGCUCAUCCUGCCUGCCCUGGGCUCCAGAACAGAGGAACUCCUCCUGGCCUGCAAGCUGCCUCGCUUCUUUGCGUGUUCUCUGCACCGUCUGGGUUUAGAGAUGCCAAAUCAGGAUCAAAGCAGAGACAAGGAGACCAAACGUGUAGAAGCACAGUGAAGACUGUUGGGCAGUUUGGCCCCGAAGCUCUGCUGUAGUCCAUGGAUUCUGCUACCUUCUCAUUUGGAACAAACUACAGAAGAGCCAGGUGGGAUAAGGUGAAGAAACUUGGCCACUUUAGGACUUUAAUGGAGAAUGAAGUCGUAUUUCCUAUCAGUUUGGCUGUAAUGUGGGAAAGCCUGCUAGAAGUCUCUCCUCGAUAGGUCUCUUUGCCAAGAUGGAAGAGAGCCUAGGACCAGACAGAUUGGACCAGUAAAGGAGAACCAAAGGAUGGAAUCUGUGGCCAGGACCUGUGUUCAUCCAACAGGAAGAAAAGUGUCUGAGCAUUCAGGUGUGCUCCCUUGGAAAAAAUGUCUUGGAUAAAUGUGGGUGCCAUACUGUGAACCUAUGAACGGGUUGUUUAGGUGAGGUAAUGGUGGGCAACUAACCUAAGUGAGUGAAGCGGGAAGAGUGGAAGGCGGUGACUGGGACAAAGACCAAGCACACAAACUGUCUAACGAUUAUUAGCUCCAGCUGAUGGUUGCCCCGUGGGCAGAUUUUCUAUUUUCUUGUAGACAACCAGGAAAUCCAGAUAUUUCUGUGAAAUCUCCCAACCUGUUGCCAACUAAAUAAAAACAUUCUAA